AUGGCAAAGGCUGUCUGCGUAAACGGGCACAAAAGGCCCGCCGGAGCCGGUGAGGAGGCGGGGGGACGGCAGGCGGCUCGGAAGAGGAGGAAGGCGGGAGGCGGCGGCCGGGGCCCCGAGGAAAAGUCAUCUCGCUUGACAGCAGCUUUAUUUGGUGAGGACUGCGAAAUCAGCCAUGAUCAGCUGUAUGAGUUGUUAAAGUAUGCAGCUUUGGGAAAAUGCCACAAUGCAACACAACCCAGCUGGUGCCGUAUUUAUCACCAAAGCCGCCUGGCUGGGGUUGUGGUUAUUGUUCUACAUGAAAUGAGCCAACUCCAUUUCUACAAAUUCUAUUUGCAGUUCAGACACCUCAGAAAAGUGUUCCGGCAUAGAUUCACAUUAACACCUUCCGCCAACUUCCUAGCCAGCCUGUAUGGAGAAGGAGCGAACCUGAAACCUCAAAACACUGCACAAGGUUUGACUUCCACUAGUGGUGAAUGUAUUCGUAGAAGCUCAGACUUGCAAUGUGAUCCCAUCAUUCGGAAAUACGGAGAAAAAAAACAAGGCCUUACUAGCUAUACUCUAACUUUAGAAGAGCAGAAAAAAAAUGACUAUCCCAUAAAAGGGUCCCCUGGAUGUAACGGCUAUAUAUAUACAGAGUGUGAUCAGCAGAGGACAGACAGCAGCCCCCUCUUUGGUCUGGAUUGUGAAAUGUGCCUGACUGCAAAAGGGAACGAAGUCACUCGUGUCUCUUUGGUGGAUGCACAGGGUCAAUGCCUCUUGAAUGAACUAGUCAAACCUGAAAGCACAAUAGUGAACUACCGCACCAGAUUCUCAGGAGUCACAAAGAAAAUGCUUCUUCCAGUGAAAACAAGACUGGCAGACAUCCAAACCAGACUAAAAAAAAUGCUUCCCCAUGAUGCAGUAUUGGUGGGUCAUUCGCUAAAUGCCGAUCUUCAGGCUUUGGAAAUGAUCCAUCCCAGUGUUAUUGAUACUUCAUUGCUUUUUGCCAGAAACGAAGGUCAAAGAUUUAAGCUAAAAUUUCUAGCCAAAGCUGUUUUAGGGAAGGAAAUUCAGUGUGAACAGAAGCUUGGGCAUGAUCCUGCAGAAGAUGCUAGAGCUGCACUGGAAUUGGCUCAAUUCUUUAUUGAGCAAGGACCAGCAAAGGUAGCAGAACUAAACUUGGAGAUGCUUCUGACAACUGAAAAACUGGCUGAGGUCUCAAAGAACAAAGCUGCGUUACAGCCACAAGGAUGUGGAGUCCAGAAACAGUUGAAUGAGCCACCACAUUUAUCCAAACCAUGUUUUUUAGACUGCUUGCAGGUGACCGGCCAAAAACCCCUCCUUUUGGGCAGACAGGAACUAAACUCUUCUGGCCUGUGUCAGAGUAACCUGAGCACUUCAAACAAACAGAUUCUUCAGAGAGCCUUAGAAGAUGUCCCCCUGUCCACAUUCAGUAUCAUUCAGUUCAGUUUGGGUCCAGAGUACAUUGCAUCUCACCUUCUUGCUGGACUGUGUGAAAAGGUGAGAAGCAAGCUGACUGACAUGCUGACAAUUUACGCAGGUCCUUUUGAAGAAAGCUUUUGCUUGAAGUCUGUGAAAAAAGAAUUUGGGAGGUGUGGACCAAUACAAUCUCUUACAGUGGUAACUGAAACAUGCCAGCCCUAUGUCUGUAUCCAAUACGAAGUGCUGGAAGCUGCCCAGAUUGCUGUGGAAAGCCUAAAUGGAGCUGAGGUAGCAGGAUCCUGCAUUAAGGUCCAGAGACCUGUCACUGCAGCAAUGCUGGACUGUGAUGUUUUGAUAAAGGAACUAGAACUGGAUGUAGAAAACGAAGGUGUGAUUUAUGUGGCGGGUCUAAAGAAGUCACUAACAGAGACGGACUUGCAGGAAGAAUUCAGCCAGUUGAAAGACCUGGAAACACUGUUCCUGCCAAAGGAUCUCCGGAGUGGAAAGCACAGGAACUGCUGUUUCCUCAAAUUUCAGAAAUCAGAGAGUGCUGUGGAUGCCCUUCAAGUUAUAAAUGGAUGGACAGUGAAGGGUAGCAAACUAAGAAGUAGGAACGCUCUUGCUGCAGGUCACCUCUGGCAAUGGAUUUGGCAAAUGAAUCACAGCAGUGGGAAGCAAGAAGGAAACAUCUUACAUGAGAAAAUGGAGCAACUGUCUGACUCUGAGCAGGAUCUAAGGAAAAAGGUGAAGAAGUUAGACCACCAUAUCAAAAAGCUUUAUAGAAGUCUGCAGAGUAACACCCUUUGCGUUGUUCUUUUUCCUGGAGUGAACAGCAUGCGUGGAUCACAAUCUGGCCUUGGUCUGAUGGGAAUAAAAGAUGACAGAGGGAGGAGUGCUUGUUAAACUGCCAAGUUUUUAAGCAAAGUCUUUUGUUAAGAUAUUUUUAAUUACUUUAAAUAUUGAUGUCUUUGUAAAGAUCUCUUACCAUAAGAACAAUAGGCUUUCACUCUGUAUCUUUUACAAAGUCUAAAAAUAAAAGCUAUUCAAAACAUC